AGUGCGUCACUUUAGAGGCGCAACGUCCGGUCCCGGUUUCCUCGGCGACAGCGGCGGGCUGGUCCGCGUGUAGUGUUUGGGCUUCGCAGGCAUGGGGACUCCUCCAGGCCUGCAGACUGACUGCGAGGCGCUGCUCAGCCGCUUCCAGGAGACGGACAGUGUGCGCUUCGAGGACUUCACGGAGCUCUGGAGGAGUAUGAAGUUCGGGACCAUCUUCUGUGGUAGAAUGAGAAAUUUAGAAAAGAACAAGUUUACAAAAGAAGCGAUAGCUUUGGCUUGGCAAUAUUUUUUACCUCCAUACACCUUCCAGAUCAGAGUUGGUGCUUUGUAUCUGCUAUAUGGAUUAUAUAACACCCAACUGUGUCAACCAAAGCAAAAGAUUAGAGUUGCCUUGAAGGAUUGGGAUGAAGUUUUAAAAUUUCAGCAAGAUUUGAUAAAUGCACAACAUUUUGAUGCAGCAUAUAUUUUUAGGAAACUACGACUAGACAAAGCAUUUCACUUUACAGCUAUGCCCAAAUUGCUAUCAUAUAGGAUGAAGAAGAAAAUUCAGCGAGCUGAAGUUACAGAAGAAUUUAAGGACCCAAAUGAUCGCGUAAUGAAACUUAUCACUUCCGAUGUAUUAGAGGAAAUGCUGAAUGUUCACGAUCAUUAUCAGAACAUGAAACAUAUAAUUUCAGGCGAUAAAUCCAAUCCAGACAAAGCCCUCAGCUUGAUAAAGGAUGAUUUUUUUGACAAUAUUAAGAACAUAGUUUUGGAGCAUCAGCAGUGGCACAAAGACAGAAAGAAUCCACCCUUAAAAUCAAAAGUUAAAGAUGGAGAAGAAAAGAGAGAAGGAAAUUCACAAGAAUCAGAGAGAUGUGAAAGGGCAGAAUCUUUAGCGAGAAUAAAAUCAAAGGCCUUUUCAGUUGUCGUUCAGGCAUCCAAGUCAAGAAGGCAUCGUCAAGUCAAACUUGACUCUUCUGACUCUGAUUCUGCAUCUGGUCAAGGACAAAUCAAAGCAACUAGGAAAAAAAGAAACAAAGAAACAUUGAAGUCAGCAGGAAGGAAGACAUCUUCUAGAAACAAAGAUGACAUGCAGAAUGUACAUAAAGAAGAUAAAUCUUUAAGGCUGAGUAUGCCUGUAAUUACAGAAGAGGAAGAGGACAAUGGAAGUUUUAGUGAAACAGAGUUAACUGCACCCAAGAGGAAAAGAAAAUACAGAACAAAGAACCCAGCGAAGAAGUCUUAAUUUUGACAUCUCCGAUAAAA